AUUGCACCUAUUUCAAAAGGGAAUUCUCAAACAUCAUCAAGAAUUCAAGAUCAAGAAUCGAGGUUCAUUACAAAACAUAAAUUAUUAUUAAUCAGCAAUUACCCAAUUAAUUGCAUAAAUUUUUGAAAAGGGGUUUCUCAAAGUAGCCCAAAAUCAAAUUAGUGGGAUAGCCAUAGCCGAAGGGGAAAGAAAAGCUCGAGGAGCAAACCGGGCAGGGUGUACGGACGCCCAAAACCCCGAAGGUUCGGAGAAAUCCAAGAAGGCUAUAUCUGCGAGACGAAGAAGGAUUUCAGACAAACGCCAAAAUGGAUGAGUUCGACCUUGUCCUGGAACGCCUCGAAUUCAUCUCCCUUUCUCAUGCUCGCUGCUUCGAAUAUUCUCGAAUUUCCGAAAGAUCCUACAGAAUUAUUCCCCAAAUCGAUCUCGAAACGCAGAAACAGUUGGAAGGGUUGAGACAGAAACAUCGGUGGAAUUAACGUGGGCUACCAAAUGGGGCUGGCGCCGGAGAAUUUCCUCGGCACGACACACAUACGUGCCAUGGAAGAAGAUGUGUCGAAGAAGGUUGAUAUGUACCUUCAAAUGCUCCAGUCGAGCGCCGAGGAAUGCGACGAAGUCGGGGUCGACAUCGAAGUUAAGAUCACGGCCGGGACGCCUUUGAGGAAGGUAGUGGUGCAAGAAGUCGCUUCGUCGAGCGCAGCGUGGGUAAUACUCGACAGGCAUUUGCGGCGAGAACUGAGGUACUACAUUAAACACAUCCGAUGUAAGGUCGCGCUGGUCCUCGACAACCUCACGCUCGAGAUUCUGCGAUCUUCCAAUACAAACAAGGAAAUCGAUUACAUCGAAGAUAAGGUGUAUUACUCGUUGUCCAAAUCCGUCCCGCCGCAGCCGGUCAGCGACAACGAGAACAAGGAACAAUCGAGCAUCUCGGUCAGCUACAAUGCGCCGAUGGUUUCCAUCGAUAGCAACUUCCCGACAUCCUUCACCUACCAAGCCAAGGACCACACCGUUCCCUCGCAAAACGGGUUACCAAGGAAUCUCAAGAAAGAAGAUUCAGGUAAUUAUGCGAAAACAGAAGCUCAGUACUACGCUCCGUCUCCGAAGACGUCGAAGCUGCGAAGAAAGUCUAGUCAGCGUCGAUCCUCGUCGGACGUACCAGUCCUUUGCAUUGCUUGCGGAAUGAAGACGGAGCUCGACUCGAAAAGAUAUAGCUAUUCCGAAAUCCAGAUGGCGACCGACGAUUUCUCGUCGGAAAACUUACUCGGCGAAGGCGGCUACGGCUUCGUUUACAAAGGCGAGCUUAAGGACGGGCAACUUAUCGCUGCGAAAAUUCGAAAGGAAGCGAGCACGCAAGGAUUUUCCGAGUUCCAAUCCGAGGUUUAUGUCCUAAACUUCGCUCGACACAAGAACAUCGUGAUGCUUCUCGGGUAUUGCUGCAAGGAAAAUCUCAACAUUUUGGUGUACGAGUACAUCUGCAAUAAGUCACUCGAAUGGCAUUUAUUCGAUAAUUCCAAUCACGUCCUCGACUGGCACAGACGGCAAGCAAUUGCUGUCGGGACGGCAAAAGGGCUGCGGUUUCUGCACGAGGAGUGUCGAGGAAGUCCGAUCAUUCAUCGGGACAUGAGGCCGAGCAAUAUAUUGCUGACACACGACUUUGUACCGAUGUUGGGAGACUUCGGCCUUGCGAAAUGGAAAAUGAGCGAGGAUGACGUACAGACGAGAAUCCUAGGCACGCUCGGGUACCUUGCGCCCGAGUAUGCCGAGAAUGGCAUUGUCUCGGUGCUAACUGACGUGUAUUCAUUCGGUAUAGUUUUGAUACAAUUGAUAUCGGGGCGUAAGGCUGUGGAUUCGUCGAAAGGUGGCCAACAACCGUCUCUCAGACAAUGGGCGGUGCCUCUGAUCGAGACACUUGCGCUGCACGAGCUGGUGGAUCCUCGGCUGGGCGAAUCGUACAAUACGUAUCAAAUGUACAACAUGGCUCGGACAGCGUAUUUAUGUGUCCAGCCCAGCCCCGAGAUGCGGCCAUCGAUGGCUGAGGUGCUGCGGUUCCUGGAGGGCGAUAACGAUCAUUUUCAGCACCUGACGGAGCAGUUCAUACCACAUUACAGCAAUUGAAAUUAAUUACUUUUACUAUUAAGGAAUUCACUCCACAUUUUGUUGUUUCUAAUUAUACAGAAACAUCAAUGGUGGUAACCUUAAAUUCUUGCAACCUAUAUGUAAUAUUGUCUGUUCAUUAAUAAAAUGUUUGCUCAGAUUUAGUA